GUGGUGCUAACAAAGCAUGCUGGGAUCGCCUUCUGACCGGUGUCACUGCGGAAGAAGAGAAGAUGGCGGCGCUAGCUCAGCGAAUGGUGACCGCUGUUACCACCAAGGGACCCGUUUUAGCCAAAAAUGCUGUGGAGUUCUCCAAGCCUCGUCUGCAGACGUUCUGGUACUACGCCAAGGUGGAGCUGGUCCCACCCACUCCAGCCGAGAUCCCCAAAAUCACUGAGGGGUUCUCCAACCUGGUGAAGGCUGUACGCACUGGAGCCUGGGCACAGACUACUGUCAGGGAGGGUGUAAGAAACACAGUGGUGGCAGCAGAGAUCGGAUUCUGGUUCUUCAUCGGGGAAAUCAUCGGCAGACGCAGUCUCAUCGGCUACAACGUCUAAACCUCGUCCAAGUUGUGAACAUUUUACAUGUAGAGAACAUACCAGACCAGAGUAGUCCAGAUAAACAACUCCAGAUGUAUUGAAUAUUGACAGUAAACAUCAACACUGAAGAGCUGUACUUUCAUGUUAUGUUGAUGGAUUAAACUUGCUGUGUGAAUGGAA